GAGGACCCGAUAACAUGAAAAACAAGAUAUCUUGUUCACAAGAAUGUUAUAAAAAACACCUUCACUCGACGGCCUGCUGUCUUUGAUAAGAAACCCAAACUUACCCCUUGUCUUUGAUAAGAAACGCAAACUUACCCAAACCACCGAUCUGAGAGAAUAUGAUGACAACUUCACACCGUACUGACUGCAUUGUUCGUUAACGAUCCAAAUAAACAAUACAAACAAUAUUAACGCAAGGACGCGACGCCAACCGAUCAAACUAACAAUUAACUAACACUUUAACAAUACCUAUUGUUCUACGUAUCCACACCCCCCCUCUCCAUAGGUAAUUGUAUAUAAACCUCUCUUCCUUGUCCCAUGGCAAUCAGUUCUCAUCUACUACUCUUGCUAUCCACAACACUGAGAUAUUUUCGAUUAUGGACACUUCUAUAAAAAACGAACCAUCGUUCUGGCGCCCUUGGCUGAAUGACGAUCAAGACACGAUCACAUGUGUUGAUCAAGGUACGUUGACCAGCAAUGAUUGGGUUACUAGGGUUAUUCUAUUGUGUCUUACGAUGUAUUCUAUGUAUUUGGCAGGUUUUGCAAGUCCUCCAAGGAAGAGAAUGCGAGUGUAUUACACUGACGAACAACGACAAGAUAUGAGAAGAAUAUACGAUCCAGAAGUUCGAGCAGUGAUCAAACGACAACUGACGGUGGAUUUGAAAGCAAAGAAAAAGCAAAUUCAGGAAUACCUCAGGAAACGCACUGGAGUUCGUAGACGUGAUACAGUUAACAGUAACAAUCCAGCCCGUCACGCCAUACCAGCCAUGCUUACAGGAUCCCUAGCAACCACUUCACCUGCCAGUCAAACUACUGUCACUACGACGACAAACCAUCUAAGGACCAGUACGACAUGUAUGACAAGUGUUAGUCCUGUCAACAAACCAAGUGACCCACUGGAAGAAUCUUUGACCCUGGACAGUAUCGUCAUGGUUCCCUUCUUGCGCAUUAAUGGUGGUGCUAAAGCAGACUGCGAGAGUGAUGAUGAUUAUUGUUAUGUUUCUGCCGCUAAGUUCCUUGGUUUUUAUAGAAUUACAGACGAUAGAAGUGAUUAGAUAUCGCCUUACUAUGGAUUCUAGUUAUUUAUUCGAUUAGCUCAUAUCAUUAGUGAUUUGUAUCAUUGUUAUUUGAAUCAUUGUAUGUUGUGUCAAUAAAUUUGU